CUCCUAUAAGUAGUGGUGUGCUCAUUCAAGAAAAUGAAGAAAGAGUUUUAGAAUUAAGAACAUUUAGAAUCAAAAUGAUGGUGAAUAUGAGAGUCCUUCAACUAAUAGCAAAAUUUAUUGCAAUUAUACUAAUGCAUUGACACGUUCUAAGCGAUGGAGGAUUCAACAAUACUCAAUUCAUAGCCAAUGAAGCAGAGGCUCUUCUUGAGUUUAAGGAAGGCUUGAAAGACCCUUCAAAUCUUUUAUCUUCAUGGAAACAUGGAAAUGAUUGUUGUCAUUGGAAAGGAGUAGGAUGUAACACAACAACAGGUCAUGUUAUCUCCCUUAAUCUCCAUUCUUCUAAUUCCUUAGAUAAAUUGCAAGGUGAAUUAAGUUCAUCUUUGCUUCAAUUGCCAUAUUUAAGUUAUUUGAACCUUGGUGGCAAUGAUUUCAUGCAGUCAAAAGUGCCUGCUUUUCUAGGCAGUAUGAAAAAAUUAAAACAUCUAGAUCUAUCUCAUGCCACUUUAAAAGGAAGCAUCCCUAAUAAUCUUGGAAACCUUUCGCUACUCGAAUCACUUUAUUUGAAUGGCAAUGGUUUAUUUGUCAAUAAUCUAAAAUGGCUUCAUGGACUUUCUUCCUUGAAAACUCUUGAUUUAAGUGAGGUUGAUCUUAGUAGUUGCGAAAAUGAUUGGUUUCAUGACAUUAGUAUAAUACUUCCUUCACUUGAAACGUUGCGUUUAUCAGCUUGCCAACUUUACAAGCUACCUACAAAAUCUCCUUUAUCUAAAGUGAAUUUUGAUUCUCUUGUAACUCUUGAUUUGUCUAACAAUUAUUUCAACAGUAAUAUCACUGAUUGGUUGUUUGAAAACUGUCAUCACCUUCAAUACCUCAAUCUCUCAAAGAAUAAUUUACAAGGUCAAAUACCAUAUUCAAUAGAGAGGAUGACAACUCUUGCAACACUUGAUCUGUCACAUAAUACACUCAAUGGUUCAAUACCAGAUUCCAUUGAGAAGCUUUUGAAUCUUGUAGCACUUGAUUUAUCAAACAAUAAGCUCACUGGUUCAAUACCAUCAACAUUAGGCUAUAAUAGUUUGAAAGAGUUGCGUCUUUCAAACAAUCAACUAAAUGGUUCGUUGGAAAGAAGUCUUCACCAGCUGUCAAAAUUAGUUGUGUUGGAUUUAGCACAAAACAAUUUUAAGGGAAAUAUCAGUGAUGUUCAUCUAGCUAAGUUUAGGAACCUCAAAGUGUUGGACCUAUCUAUUAACCAUUUAAUAACUUUCAAUAUGAGUGAAAAUUGGGUCCCUCCUUUCCAACUUGAAACUAUAAGUUUGGCAAAAUGUUAUUUGGGACCUCAAUUUCCAAAGUGGAUUAAAACACAAAAGAACUUUUCUCAUAUUGAUAUAUCAUACGCAAGUAUCUCUGAUACUGUGCCGGAUUGGUUUUGGGAUUUGUCACAUAGUGUUGAGUAUAUGGAUCUCUCAAACAAUGAGCUGAGAAAAUGUAGACAUGAUUUUUCACAAAAAUUCAAACUUAAGACACUUGAUUUGAGCCACAAUAAUUUUUCAUGUCCCCUGCCUCGUUUGCCUCCUAAUGUGAGGACUUUGGAUCUGUCCAACAACUUAUUUUAUGGAUUAAUUACAAAAGUGUGUGAUGUAUUGGGUGUGACUAACUCAAUGGAAACUCUUGACUUAUCUUUCAAUAAUUUUUCAGGAGUCAUCCCAAAUUGUUGGACUAAUGGGACAGAAAUGAUUAUUCUAAACCUAGCUGAAAACAAUUUUAGUGGAUUAAUUCCUGAUUCCUUUGGUAACCUAAAAUAUCUCCACAUGUUGUUAAUGUACAACAAUAAUCUUUCAGGAAAAAUUCCAGACACUUUAAGAAAUUGUCAAUGGUUGACUUAUUUGGAUUUAGGGUCCAAUCGAUUUUGGGGGCCUAUACCAUUAUGGAUUGGUACAGACCUGCAAAUCCUAGAGGCACUAUUGUUGGGUAGAAAUUUGUUUGAUGAAAAUAUCCCAACAACACUAUGCCUACUCAAGUCUUUAGCAAUAUUAGACCUUUCUGAGAAUCAAUUGAAGGGAGAGAUUCCAAGAUGUGUCUACCCUGCAAUGACUACCAAUGAAAGUAUGAAUGAAAAAUCUUAUAUGGAGUUUCUUACAAUUAAAGAAAGUCUUUUGAACUAUCUUUCGACAAAAAAUCAUACACUUCUACUGAGAGUCAAAACUUUUGAUAUUAUAUUCUUUGGAAUUUUUGUUCAAUCUUUCAAAACUAUUGAUUUGUCAUCAAAUUUUUUAACACAUGGCAUCCCUGAUGAAAUUGCCAAGUUAGUAGAUUUGAGUUCAUUAAAUUUGUCGAAUAACCAGUUGGUGGGUUCUAUUCCUUCAAAAAUUGGUGAAAUGAAAAAGAUGGAAUCAUUUGAUUUGUCGAGGAACCAGUUAUCAUGUACAAUUCCCAAUGGCAUGGUUAAUAUGACUUUCCUUGUGGCUUUGAACUUAUCAUACAACACUUUGUCAGGGAAAAUUCCAUCCGGCCAACAAUUUGAUACAUUUAGCAACGAUCCACACCUUUGUGGUUUUCCACUCACAGAAACAUGCCCUGAAAAUGGAAACACUUCAUUCCACGACAUACAUUGCAGCGACAGUGAAGGGAACGUGCAUGAAGGCGAUCAAUCAGGCUUAGGUAUAGAUUCAUUCUACAUAAGCAUGGCUAUUGGUUUUUUCACUGGAUUUUGGGUAUUUUGGGGCUGCUUAAUAUUCAUUACAUCUUGGAGACAUGCUUAUUUCCGUUUUCUAAGCAACGUGAAUGAUAGGAUCUAUGUCACUGUAGUUCUUGCAUUUGCUAAAUUGCAGAGGAACAUUCUCAAUCAACAAUCUCCCCUGUAACCAAAAUCUAUGUUUGCUUUGUUAUUAUGAUUUUGAAUAAAAAUUUCUGCCUUAAACAUA